AUGAAUACCGACACUUUGUCCUCCCACACUUUGUCCUCCCACACUUUGUCCUCCCACACUUUGUCCUCCCACACUCUGUCCCCCCACACGCUGUCCUCCAAGGGAAACACGAUCGGGAAGUUGCACAAGUGGGAGGUGUUAUGUUUAGGGAGCGAGUCGAUGGGCAAAUGUCUGUUUUCGGAGGAGCAGGAGCUCUACUGGAUUGAGCAUUACUGGGAGCCGCUACAGCGGGUUCAGUUUGACUCGUUGGGGUCAAUAGCUUCGUUAAGACCAAGAGACGUUCGCAGGAGUUGGAAGUGCGGCGCCAAGGGGUUUUUCCGAGCUCUUGGUCGUGCGGGGUGGGCAAUGGUGCCGACCGUUGGGUUACCUAGGCCAGUGUACAUUCCAACUAUAGCGCGGCCGACGAGCUUGGGAAAGAAUACUUUAGCGCAGAACGCGGUUGUGGCGGACCAGGAGUAUCUUGGUUACCGCGUGAUUUGUGAGUCACUGUCGAAACAACAAUGGCAGACGUUGAAAACCGUCACAAGCGAGACCUUCACGAAAUGUCGAUUGGACUAUCUAGAGCUUGCAGGCAUCAUUUCUCUAUACUUUGAUAAGGCCUACGGUGUGAUAGAUGUGGAUGUAGGGAGCCAGGUGAGCAAGGGAAUGGGUUUGUCAAACUCUUCGCUUAAAUUCCGUAUGUGGGUAAUGGGGUGCCUGCUGCAACACUCCGGAGUCACGACGGACCACCUCGUUGACUUUUGCGUCACUCGACUCGGGUUCGUGCCCCGUGGCGGGACAGAGAACCUUGAGUGUCUAAGAAUAAGAGGCCCGGAAAGGUACACCAUCAGGAAAGGAGAAGAUGAGGGCAUCACCGCACGAGCUAUACUGACUAGUAGACUGGCGGGUCUACCGUCGGUUACGGCGAAGGAAUUUGCCUCUAUGGACCAGGCAGCAUUCAAGAAAAGCUACCCACGCCUUCCCGCGACUCCGGGAGCCUGCGAUGCUCCGCCCACGAAUGCCUCGCACAACGAUCUCCUCCCACGACUUGUCGUUGGGGAGAAGAGCUUGGCUGAGGAGAAGAGCUUGGCUGAGGAAAAGAGCUUGGCUGAGGAAAAGAGCUUGGUUACGCGGGAAGUUGACUGGUUAAGCCGGUACUGGCUGCCUCUCAGGGAAGCGGAGUAUCUUCCAUUAAUCACAGAGGUUGAAAUGAGACCGCGAGACAGGCGCAAAAACUGGCGACUAGUGUGCAGAGUGUUCCCCACCACACUAGACGGGUGGACUCUGAUUAAUGACGCUGGUCGCAGAAUACGACCUUUGUAUAUACCGACUCUUGGUGCCCCGACGGCCCGAGGAAAGCAGUUAGCAAACAAGCCUACGUCAAAAGCAGCAGAGUUUGAGGUGUAUCGGAGGAUUUUCGCGUCUCUGACUAGGAAGGAAUGGCAGAGCUUGCGGAGCGUGGAGACUCAGAAUUUCCACCGGUGCUGGCUGGGUUACGUGGAACUCGGCGGUAUCAUAGCCGGUUACUGCGAAUCGCCGUACGGGUUGGUGGACCAACAGGUGACGAGCGCCAUAUGUUCGGAGCUCGGUGUGCACUGGAGCGUUAGGUUGAUCCCCCGCUGGAUCACAGGCUGUUUGCUUCAACAUGCCGGUGUUUCCGUGGAUGUACUGAUCGACUUUUGCAUAGACGAGCUGAACUAUGUACCCGACAGACACCGGCUGGAGUUCCUAAUGAACGACUACCCCGAAAAACGGGCCGCUCGCACGCAACCCGAAGGUGAUCCCCGACAAUACCUUCGACAAAGACUCCGCGAUCUGCCCACCCUGUCCACCUCCGAGUUCGUACCCUGGACCUGUGAACUCACCGCACCUAGCGGAAGCAAAAACGUCCCCCCACACCGAGAGCAUUCCGCCCGGCCGGCGACCGCACGGCAAUCAAACAGCCAAUCUGCCAAGGAGUAUAUCAGGCGGUAUGCAGGAUCCGGGGACCUGUUAUCGUCCAUUUACCAUGCGCCUCAAGUGAGUUGGAUUCCUCGUUUCUGGAAGCCCGUGGAGAAGGAGGAAUUUCAAAGGCUGCGGCCUCUUGUGGCCAGGUGCGGUCGAGUCCGACGGAAGCAAUGGAAAAAAGUGGCUAUCCUGCUACCCGGUAAGGUGGACUUGGGGGAUUGGACUAUGAUUCCGAGCGACGGUAACCCCCGACCGGUAUAUAUCCCGACAAUGGCUGCCCUGAACGAGACGGGAGAGAGCUUGGAGCAGCUUUUGUUCUCAGACGAAGCGUUCCAAGAUGAAAUGGAUCGAGACUAUGCGGCGUAUCGUAAAGUCCAUCGGUCUUUGCUGCCGGUACAAUGGAAGCAAAUGCGUUCAGUAGACUCCGAAGACUUCGAGGCCUGCGGAUUGGCCUACGUCGAGCUCGCCUCGAUUAUUUCCCGGUACUUCCUGCAACCCUACGGCGUGGUGGAUCAGAGAAUGGCGGACGAAGUUGGCGAGCAAUUGGGCUGCAGUGCCCGUUCCAUGCGGCACCACAGCUGGAUCACAGGCUGUCUACUGCAACGCUCUGGUGCCUCCAAAGAUCAGCUCUGCCGCUUCUGCGUCACCGAACUCAAGUACGACCCGCGAGCCUUCGACACGUUUCUGCACUCUGUAUCAAAACGCCCCGCUCACGACAUCUGUCAAGAGAUACAAGACGAUCUUGAGGAGCGGGUUCGGCUAUUGCAAGAAAAACUUACCACACUACCGACGCUGACGGCCGCCGAAUUCAGGUACUUGCACGCCAAAACGACCGUUAAAGAAUUGAGACGGAAACCGGUUACAGCACACGGCCAACUGAAUGCCGGCCACCCACCGGGCAACAAGGAACCGGGCAACAAGGAACCCAGCAACAAGGAACCGAGCAACAAGGAACCGAUGGAAACGAGCGCCAUGGAAGGAAGUGCUACCGCCGACGGUUACCCUGCGGGUUUUCUUAUUGGUUCCAGUGCGUCUCGAAAACGGACACACAGAGAGGCGAAGGUCACAGGACGGCGUGUUGCGGGGACGGGCGGUGCGAGCGAUGAGCCUAAGAAGGCGUGCUUGGACGAACAGUUCGACAUUACGAAACAUACCGAACCGGAGGACCUAGGUAUGGAAGACCUAAGUAUGGACGGCCUGGGUAUGGAGGACCUAAGUAUGGAAGACCUAAGUAUGGAAGACCUAGGCCUGGACGACUCGGACAUGGGCGUUGAGAAUAUCGACUUCGAGGACGCGGUCAAGCAAAUGUGGGUGAAGCACUCGCGAGUGCUGUCCGAAUGCUUGGACCAGCUGACCCGGACCAGUUGA